AUGAAGAAUAAUGAUACUUGGAAAGAAAAAGAGUUUAUGGAACAAAUUUACUUAAUUGUUGAUGAUACUCUUAGAAAUAAAACCUACUCUAAUAAUGAAAUAAAUCAAUGGUCGAAUGUAAUAUGCGAAAAUUGCAUGAAAUUUUUGUGUUCAACUAUGCUUCCUGUGAAAUAUAUAAUAAGUUGCUAUAUUUUAAAAAACACCAACACAGAAACAUCCAUUCAUUUGUCAACUUAUUGGGAUAAGGAAGAUAAACAUUUUCAAAUAUGUUGGCCACAUGACUUAAAAAGCUGCAACAUGAUUUGUUAUGUUAAUGUUUAUAUUCUAAAAAUAUCAGAUGGAAGUUAG